GCCCUAAUUUUAUCGAGAGAGGGAAUUCACGGGCACAAUCCCUUUGCAGAGGGCACCAUCGCCAUAGCCACACCCAUGUCCUCCAUCUCGUAUUCGUGUCCGCUACCCGCGUUUCUUGCACCCCCUGCAUGUGCUGCUCUCAGUCCUCCGGAUUGCGUCUUGUUCUGCGUUGUUUGCUUGCUGGAGAAGUGUGCAAGGCUUGUUCUAGUGGGAUUCGGGCUGGGCCUUGGGCGUGAUUGAGAGUACCGACAUUGGGUUGAAGGUAAACCGUCUUUGAAUGGAUUGGAUUAGAGGCCAAAGGGAAGUGGAAUCUUUGUGAUAUCAAGGAAAAUUUUCGGAUUCUCCGAGGACUUCAGUCUGCAUCGUACAAGACCCUGUCUUUCGAUGGCGAGCAUGAUGGAAACAGACAAUGUAGCGACAACAAAUGGAGCAGCAGCACCAGCUAUAGCAGCCGCUCCCCCUUCACAGACUUCACGUACUAAUGACCGACUUGCUGAGUCCCUCAAGCUGGAGCACCAGCUCGUCAAGGUCCCAUUUGAGCAUUUGAAGAAAGCCAUGCGGUUGAGCACACGUUUUGUGGAAAAGGAGGUGAAUGCUGUGUAUGCUGGUGUGGCUGACGCCAUUGACAAAGAUAUGUCUAAAGAGGAAGCCGUACAGCGUCUCACAACUUUAGUUUCUCGCUUGCAAGGCCUUAAACGCAAGUUGGACGAGAGCAACAAAGGUGAGCAAGUGCAAGUGCAAAGGUGUCGUGCUAGGAUAGACCAUUUAAGCAUGCUUCAGGGUGAAAAUGGGAAAGAGAAUGAGCUCCAGUGGAAUAACACUCGCGUGCAGCGUAUCCUGGUUGACUACAUGUUACGUAACUCUUACUAUGACACAGCCUUUCGGUUGGCAGAGAUGAAAAAUAUUCAGGAACUUGUGGAUAUUGACAUCUUUUUGGAGGCCCGAAAGGUUAUUGAGGCUUUGCGGAAUCGAGACUGUACUGAGGCACUUACUUGGUGCUCUGAAAACAAGUCCAAGCUCAAGAAAUCCAAGAGUAAGUUUGAGUUCAAGCUUAGGUUGCAAGAGUUUAUUGAAUUGGUGCGGGCUGAGAGGAUGAUGGAUGCUAUCAUGUAUUCUCGCAAGCACCUUGCUGUAUGGGGUUCCACCAACAUGAAGGAACUACAACAGGCCAUGGCCACAUUAGCCUUCAAGAGCAACACCGAUUGUGCUGCCUAUAAGAUAUUAUUUGAUACACAGCAAUGGGAUAACUUGACUCAAGAGUUUAAGCAGGAGUUUUACAAGUUGUAUGGCAUGACUCAUGAACCUCUGCUCAAUAUUCAUCUCCAGGCUGGGCUUUCUGCUCUCAAGACUCCAUUUUGUUACGAGGAAGGAUGCACCAAGGAGGAUCCUUUGUCUCAAGAAAUUAUUCGUAAACUUGCGGAUCCAUUGCCGUUUGCUAAGCACAUUCAUAGCAAGCUAGUGUGCUACAUUACCAAGGAGCCCAUGAACGACAAUAACCCACCUUUAGUACUGCCUAAUGGCUACGUGUACAGCACAAAGGCAAUGGAACAAAUGGCAAUGAGGAACCAAGGCAAGAUCGUGUGCCCAAGAACUGGAGCUGUUUAUAAUUUUUCAGAACUUGCUAAAGCUUACAUUUCAUGAUGCUUCAAAUAUCAAGCGACUGCUUGCACACUUAUCCUCCAAUCCUCGAUCAUUUGAUUCAGAAUGUGAUGUAUGGUAUUGUAUAUUACCUUGAAGAGGUACACUGCAAGCUUUUUGGUAUCUGAUCUGGGUAUCGAAUUGGUUGUGUUAAUUGGCUAGCUAUCAUCAUCCACAAAUUGUUAGCCCAUUAUUAUCAUUCAAGUCAUGUAGCAUAAUAUUGUCCAAGUGAUUCUUGAAGUUCUGCAUAGUUCAUGAUUACUUUUCAGCAGGGCAGAAAUUAAAUGCGAAUCAAAGUGACUAAAGUCUGAAGACUGUCAGCAUCAAGAUUUGCCUGGUACAAUUCAAUGCUACUGUUUCAGUUUUUGUAAAUAUCCAGCUUAAGCAGAUGUCAUCACCUUGAUGGGACAUUUGUUUUUUUCUUCAAAUCAUGGUUUGCAAUGAAAUAAACUUUCAUUGUACCAACAAGGUUAAUGUGAAGCAGAUCAAAUUUUCUAUUUA